UUGGCAACGCUGGAUAAAUGCAAAGUGCCAAAACAAACCGCAACCAUUUUAGUAGUGUUUGACUUGUGUUACUAAAUUCUUACAAUUUGGCAGACGUAACCUGAGAGUGAAUCAGUAGAAGUAUUUCGUCAUUUGUUUGAUUUUUUUUCAUAUAGCUUAACAUGGCAGAAGUACCGUAUCAAAACAUGGGGAAUUCCAGCCAGGAGUCAAAAAAUUUCAAAGCUGAUCUGGAUCCCGAAAGCCAGGUUGAAAUUCGCGGUAUGACUUUCUCCGAGGAAUCCAUCAGAAAAGGCUUCAUAAGGAAAGUGUAUCUUAUUCUGACUAUGCAACUCGUAAUCACUAUGGCCUUCAUGUCGCUGUUCGUGUACAGCGAACCGGCCAAGCUAUGGACCAUCAACAACCCAUGGGUUGGCAUGAUUUCCUUGCUAACCAUGUUCACGGUGCUAAUCAUCAUGGCCUGCUGUGGUGAAAUGCGACGAAAAACUCCUCACAAUUUCAUCUUUUUGGGACUAUUUACUGUAGCUCAGGGACUUAUGCUCGGAAUAUUCACCAUCAGAUACGAAGCUAAUGAGGUUUUCACUGCAGUCGGCAUUACAUGUGUCAUCUGUUUUGGAUUGACACUAUUCUCGCUGCAAACAAAAUGGGAUUUUACAAUGAUGGGGGGAUUCCUAUUCGUCGGACUUCUUGUUGUGUUUAUAUUUGGAAUCAUCGUCGCAUUUUUCCCCGGCAGUGCUGCCAGCUCUGUUUAUUCGGCAUGCGGAGCAUUGCUGUUUUCUUUGUAUCUCAUCUACGAUACGCAGAUUAUGAUGGGUGGCAAUCAUAAGUAUUCGAUCAGUCCUGAGGAGUAUAUUUUCGCUGCACUGAAUCUGUAUUUGGACAUUAUCAAUAUUUUCCUAUUCAUUUUAAGAAGAUAAAUUACCCUUAACUCUUGUUCGUACUGAUUCCUCUUAAUUCUUGUUCGUACUGAUUAAACGCGAACAUAUGAUUAUUAAGCACCCUUCUAUAGUGUACUGUUUCCAACUACGAAUGACAUUCAAUAAAGAUUCGAAGCGAAAAA